UAUUCUGUUGCUGAUGAGGUGUGGAAGGAUGGAUAUCGGGUAACAACUGAAACUUCUGCCACAACCUUUUAGGAGUUUAAAAAAGUAUAGGCUUUAAGAUCUAAGAAAAGUAUUAAGAAAAUUCUAUAAAGAGACCGUUUAUAAAAUCAGUCUGUAAAAGUAGUUAACAUAGCUACAUAUAAAAACAACAGCUGCUUAGAAAAUAGAAAGCUCACUAAGAGGAAAGACAUACAGAGAUGUGACGGAUGUAACAGCAUCAGGAUAUGUUUGGACAUUUUACAAAAUGAUAAACUUACUUGGAGAAAUAUGAGCAUCGACAGGAAGUAUUUGAAAAAGACAGAGCAAGAACUUCCUCUCACAUAGUAAAGAUCUGAGGAAAGCCACGGUGGGCCGAAGCUGUGGUCCCAGGGCAGGAACGGGGCCGUGGAACUGAAGGGAGUCUAGAGGCUGAGCCCGACUCAGGGCAUCACCGUGGUGCGGGCGGCGUUUGCAUCCGUGGGGGAGGGAAGCGCAGGCGUGGAUACGGCUCGCCGGCCACCUGGAGGAAAUGAAGCUAGAACAACUUCGUCCAGAUGGAAGGGAGCCAAGAGGACUGACUUCUCUUGUGGGUCUGGUUCUGGCCCAGCCGUGGGACCCUCUGGACGGUCAGCCCUGCGGAUAUGGCCCCGACCUGUAUCCUGAUUGUGAGAUGGGGACUGAGCGCGCGGAGGCAAUCCCCAAGGAAGAAGUUUCAGAAGAAGCCGAGCCGCGCGUGGCAGCGUCAGAGAAACUUCCCAAGGUGGUUUGCCAGGGCCGGGAGUUUGGAGGCGCCCGGGCAGAAGACGUGGUGGAGAGGCACUCGAGAGCGUCCUCGGACGAGAGCGCGCAGCAGGCGUCUCCUCGGGGGAGAGGCCUGGCGUCGGGGCUGAUCGCCUAUAAGAGGUCACCGUCGGGCGAGAAGUCCGGGGACAGCGACGAGAGCGAGUGCGUCUGCAGCCCCGGCCCGCACCCACUCACGUCUCCGGCCGAGCCCCCAGCCGCGCCCGUCCGCGCCUGCGCCGCCUCCCGCCACAACCCCGUGGAGAACUCAGAGUCUCACAAGGCCCGGAGAAGUCCUGUGGGAGAAAAGCCUCAUACGUGCACAGAGUGCGGGAAGGCCUUUAAUCAGAACUCGCACCUCAUCCAGCAUCUGCGGGUCCACAGCGGAGAGAAGCCCUUCGAGUGCAAAGAGUGCGGGAAGACGUUUGGGACCAACUCCAGCCUGCGGAGGCACCUGAGGAUCCACGCCGGGGAGAAGCCCUUCGCCUGCCGCGAGUGCGGCAAGGCCUUCAUCCAGAGCUCACACCUCAUCCACCAUCACAGGAUCCACACCGGGGAGCGGCCAUACAAGUGUGAGGAAUGUGGCAAGGCCUUCAGCCAGAACUCGGCGCUCAUUCUGCACCAGAGGAUCCACACCGGGGAGAAGCCGUAUGAGUGCAACGAGUGCGGGAAGACCUUCCGGGUGAGCUCUCAGCUCAUCCAGCACCAGCGCAUCCACACGGAGGAGCGGUACCACGAAUGCCUCGAGUGCGGCAAAGCCUUCAAGCACAGCUCGGGCCUCAUCCGGCACCAGAAAAUCCACACCGGAGAGAAGCCCUACCUGUGUAACGAGUGCGGGAAGGGCUUCGGCCAGAGCUCGGAGCUGAUCCGCCACCAGAGAAUCCACACGGGGGACAAGCCCUACGAGUGCAACGAGUGUGGGAAGACGUUCGGCCAGAACUCGGAGAUCAUCAGACACAUUCGGAUCCACACCGGCGAGAAGCCCUACGUGUGCAAGGAGUGUGGGAAGGCCUUCCGGGGGAACUCGGAGCUUCUGAGGCAUGAGAGGAUCCACACCGGCGAGAAGCCCUACGAGUGCUUUGAGUGUGGGAAGGCCUUCAGGCGGACCUCCCACCUCACGGUCCACCAGAGGAUCCACACGGGGGAGAAGCCUCACCAGUGCAGCGAAUGUGCAAGAACCUUCUGGGACAGCUCGGAGCUGCUUCUCCACCAGAAGAUUCACGUCGGGGAGAAGCCGUAUGAGUGCACCGAGUGCGAGAAAGCCUUCGGCCAGCAUUCCCAGCUUGUCCUCCACCAGAGGACGCACACGGGCGAGAAGCCCUACGAGUGCCAGGAGUGCCGGAAGACCUUCAGCAGGAGCUCCCACCUCCUCCGGCACCAGAGCGUCCACUGCGCGGAGUGAUCGCCCUGGACGACGCGCCCCAGCCCGACCGGCCGCGCCCAGGCCUGCGGACCCCACGAGGGGACACAAGUCCUCCUCCCGCCGACUUCCAGCGCAGCGGCCAAAAACGAGGAGGUGCUUUUGUGAACGGUUCACGGAGAAGUUUCGGGAUCCCGAGUUAAAUCGUAAAAGCUGUUUCAGGCCUUCGUGUUUCCUCUGUCCCCUUUCGCACUCCCUCCGCGCUCCCCGAGCGGAUCCCCUCACUUCCGGGGUCUCUACCAGCCACGUAGCCCAGAUCGUUAGUUCUCGGGAACCGUGGAGACACGUGGCCCGCCACCUCCCAAGGGUGGCAGCGCUGACUCGUGGAAGGUUAGGAGGUCGUGGCGGAGGACACACUCCGUCUUCCCGGCCGCGGUGUCGCACCAGGACCCUUGAUCGAGCUUCUCUUAGCGUCGACAUCUUGCAGACGUGCUAUCGGGGUUCCUUAGACGAUUGCUGAAGCCGGGAAGCUUGGGGACCCCCUCCCGCGAGGCCUCCUCGUCCCCCCGCAGAGGGUGCAGGACGGAGGAGACGACAGGCCGCUUCCAGGAUGGCGAGCGAGGCCCUGAGCGUCCCAAGGGGCUGGUGGGCCAGGCGGGGGGCUUGCAGAGAGCAGCCCGGGCAGCUGUGCCCCGCGGGGGCGCUGCGCGGACGGACGGACGGACGGACGCCCUGCUGGGUCGUGCGUCAGCAGGUAGCAGAGGGACUGUGUGGCCUCACCGCCAGCAGGCGCCUGGGCCCUCGCUGGGCCUCGCCCCGCAGCCCAGAGCCCUCUGCCGUGGUACCUGCUGUCGCUCACCCACAGCCCGGCAGCCCCCUCGCCUCCUCCCCCGAGCGCUGUGUGUUCUCCUCGGGCGUCCACGCGUCCGCGUGUCUGGGGCACCGGGAGGCGGCCGGCCCCAGCAGGCUGGCGCUGCUCCUCGCGCGCGGCCCUGAGAGGAGGGGGUUGAACUCCGUGAGCUCCAGGGUCCGACCAGCCCCGCGGUUGUGGACUUCUUAGAUCUAACGUGACAUGUGCUCGAUGCUCUGUUGUUUAAUCUCUUCUUUGUGACGCGAUUACUGACCCCUAGAGUUCCCGAGUGUUUGCUAUACCAGGCCCAGCACCAGACCCUCUCCGUGCUUAUUUUCACCGUGUCUCUGAUGUGGGGCCCCUGUAAGCGGCUGGAGUGGGGACCACGUGCGUACCAUAAAAUCCACCUGUUCUCCGUG